AUGGACUAUUUGAGCGAAGCAUUUAAAAACAUUGAAGUUUAUUAGAAUGGACAACUUAUCUAUUAUCAGCAUUAACAACCAGAGAAAGAAGAUAAUUAGUUGAUGGAAGACCUGAUUACUAAAUUUGAUUUUAGUUUGGAUUAAACUAACUAAAAAAAUCAAAUCAUUGAUUAAUUUUCACAGUUGAACUUCCAAGACAAUUGA